AUGAUCUGUGCCUGGCGCCACGCCGCCAUGAGCGCGCUCGGCUGCGUGCCUCAGCCCUUGGAGCAGCUGCUUGCUGGUUCCCUGAGUGGCCACGAGUUUCUCUGGUUCACGUUCGGCGUCUUGCAGCGUCAAGCCUACGAGGGCAACUGGCUCCAACGGCCCGGUCGCCGAGAGGAUCAGAUGCUACUUCUGUUGCGCGCACUCCGCCCUCGGCGGACAAUCCCGAAGCUGCCCUUGGGGCCAUGGUCCCAGGGCGUGCUUCCUGAAGCCCUGGAAGCCGGAGACUGCGGGCCGGAGGACGUGCCCUUGGUGCUGCAGCUCAUUCCGGCAGCCUGGGGCGAGGAUGCCGAGUACAUGGCUCGGGAGGCGCAGGAGCUGCUGGGCCCAGAUGCAACGGGCGUGAUGGGUUCUGUCAUUGUCCAGUCCGAUGCGGAGGGCCAG